CAUUUCACAGGGUUUGUUCUUCAAUGUCUUUCUUUCAACGGCGUCUACAAUUGACAAUUUGACAUCCAUAAUCUUGUUACAUCCAACCCCCGCCUUCAGUGCUUCAGCCUUCAAAUCAGGUUUCGAUAAAUUCGUGAACAGGGUAUAGAAGAAGGUACACCUAGAUUGGUAAUCGCCAGCUCUACCUGGAUUGCUUUUGUCUUUCGACCUCUUCUGUCUUCUGCGUACCAUCAUGUCCUCAACAGAAUAUCAUGGCCUUCAGAUCAUGACUGCUUGUAUCCAGCUCAUAGGGGUGUCUUUCCUUUCAUUUUGCUUAUCCCGUCGUGUCCCAACAGGAUGGAGACAGUGGAGGUACCUGACUUGGGGAAGGACAUGCGUCUUAUUAGUAUUGCUCGAUUCCUGGAUAUUCGUGUUCUUCUCGGGCUUGCUGUCCUCUGGCGUUGGCCUUUCCUGGUCUCACACAACCUGCACUCUAGCGAUAUACAGUUGUAUCAGCUUCUACGCAACUAGCAAGAUUCUGAUCUAUGCCUUCCUAUCGGAAAAGGUCUAUAUUGUUUGGACCGGAGGAAAUCAAGUUUCCCGGUACAAAACAAAAGUCUAUCGUCUAUGUGCUUUUGUUCUCUUAGGCUAUAUCGUCAUUGGAAUCUUGAUGAUACUGGGAAGGGACAGUUCUGUUCGCGGUGACGGAGUGUGCGUUAUUGGGCUGAAAGCAUUUGCUACCAUUCCUUUGAUAGCAUACGACCUGUCUCUCAAUAUCUUCCUUACAGCGAUGUUCAUGUGUCCUCUAUGGGUCUUACAUCCCAUUAGUCCUAGAUUACGAUCUGUUGCUAAACGGACAUUGUACGGCGCGACAAUUAGUCUCAUUUCAUCUGCGGUCAACAUCACAAUCAUGCUGCUUCUUUCGGGUAAUGAAUUAGGGUGGGUCUGUAUUACCAGUUGCGUGUGUGAUGUUCUUGUCAACUCCUUCGCCGUAUUUUGCGUCAGCUCCAGCUCAGACUCCUCCAAUGUGGUCCGAGACCGAUUUUCGCUCCCUACCAUGGACAUGACUCCCCUCACAUUUACUCGAAGCGAAUUGAAUCAGCCUACAGGAGAAUCCUCAAUUAAAAGAUUCAUCAGUGAUACACUCGAGCCUGAUGCAUCGACAAGCAGACCCUGAGAAAUCGAGCUCUCCUUUGAACGUCAACACGCUUUCGGAGGUUCCCCACACAAACCUAAACAUUAUGAAUCAGCCAGAUAUAGGCAGCCCCAGUCUGCCUUUAAUAGCAACGACCAGCAUCCAUCCCCCACCGCCCGCUCUGCAUGGUCAGUCACUGAAAAUUUCGACCAAUAAGUUGUAGUGAAAAGGUAGAUUGUCAACUGAUUGAAGAUGUAAAAUGUAAACUGCAUAGAGUUUGUGCCA